AUGCCUGGAGACGAAGAGAACAUAAUCUCAAUGGAAAAGUUCGAACCCCUGCUGCAGUCCACCGAGUGCACCAACAAGAGCAUGACGAUGGAUUUCAAAGAUGAGAGAUCUUAUCAAUAUGGCCAACGCCUCUGGCAGUGGGUCAAUGAGGCCGAUGAACGAAAGUUCAUUUUGGUUGCUGGGAACGGUCAUUGCGGUUGGAACCAACAUCGGUUGCCCUUCGUCGUUUUAAAUGUGCGUUUCAGUGAUGCAAAUAAUACGAUCACUGUCAUUGGAUAUGGUUCGGACUGGAAGACUGUCGCACAUACGUACGAGUUGCUUGUCGGUGGCCAUCCUUCAUCCGAGAAGCGUGAUAUCGACCAUACCUUCUCCUUCGAUUUAAACCACGCUUUACCUAUGAGCAGCAAGUCCUUCUCAAUGGGCGAUUUUAAGUUUACAUAUGACUGUGAUGACUGCGGGACCAAGGGCGAGUUCGACUUCCAAUUCGAGCUAUAA